CAAAUUGCUGGCGGUCCUGACUGCUUCCGGUGGAGCGUUUAGGGAGUUUCGCCAUGGCUGCUUUUGCCAUGACGAGCCCAUUGUCCAAAGAGCUUCGCUUGGCUGCGCAAGAGUUCGUGUUGACGUUGCUCUGGGUCUUCGUGUCCAUGGAUGCCCACCUCUCAGCGACGACCUGCCUGGCCAGCUGUGGCAGGCAGGGCGCCAUGAAGCCGUGUCCGCCGCCCACGUUGAACGUCCAAGUCUCCCUGGCCACGGGCUUUGCGGCGGCCGUGGCCAACGGACUCGCCUUUCGGAAGGCAGAGGAGGAUCGCUCGGCCGAGAACUUUGGGGGACAGUUCAAUCCGGCCGUGACCUUGGCACUGGCGCUGCGUGGGAGCAUGCCACUGAAGCGCCCCGCGGCGGUAAAGGACGCCGCGGCGGACACCGGUGAACAGCCGUGGGUGACGAGAGGAUCUUUCGGUGGCGGUGAGUGUCAAAAGGAACGAACGCGAGGCGCGGUGGUCUUCGUGGUGAUGCAGCUCCUGGCAUCGCUGCUGGCGGCAUUGCUGGCCUUGGUGGCGGUGGGCAGGCCGUGCUUGCAAGACAACUUCCACAUGGCCAUGCAGCAGACGAUCCUACCUGCAGGUAGCAGGCUGCUCUUGCAUGUUCUGCUGUCGAUGGUGAUCAUCUUCGUUCCCAUCUGGGCACACGAUCGCCAUAAGAGCAUGGCGGUGCCCGUGCUCGUAGGCUUCUCGUACAUUGCGUGCUCGUUGACGGGACUUCCGCAGCUGAUGGAUGUGCCGAAUUUGCUGCGCACCUUUGGGAUCUUCCUCAUCGGCGUGAGGAACUGGUCAAUGGUCUGGACCACAGCUCUGGGUAGUUUGCUUGCUGCUCCCUUGGUGGUCCUUUUGGACAUGCUGAUCUUCCGCGAGCCAACGAACGGGACCAUGAAAGAGGAAGAGACAGACACAGAUGUGGAAGAAGACGAAGGCAUGUGAGAUGUUUGAAGAUCGGAAGAAAAUGACAGUUCUUUUUCAGCAGCUCCACGAAGAACCCUUCCUAAUGACAGGGGGUUUUCUUCGAGAAGCUCACGUAGAAGGAAUGCUUGGUCUCGCAUCACAUAGAAUGCGACUAUACAGUGUCGCCGGCUCCUCUGUGCUCACCACAGGUGGUGACAGCGCCAAAGCGCGAGACAGAAAGAGCUGCGCUCACGCCAAGCUCGCUGUGUUUCAACACGGCGGCCGGCGGCAACGUUUGGAGACUCUUUCAUGGUCCCGAAAGGAACGUGGACGUUCGCUUUCAUUCGCAAAAGUGACAGCAACACAGACCGCCUUCGAUCCUUGUCUUUGGGACUUGGAAGAGCCCAAUGAUGUUCUCACGCCCAACAUCGCGGGGUUUGAUCGCCGGUGCGGAUGUAAAGACACCAAAUUCAGUGGCCGUGUGGGCCCUGUUGGAACGUGAGAUUCACAGUCGAGUUUGUACAGCAUUGGAAAAGGAUAGAA